AUGAUCGAAACUAAAAAGUAAAAUAAAAUGAACGAAGAAGAAAAUCUCGUUUUACCUUAAUUCGGAUGCAAAUGUGGCUUAGAAUAUUCUACUUUGUCUAGUUUGUCUAAUCAUAUUAAGAUGACCCAUAAUAACAAUGCCGAUGAAUGGAAAAUCAAGAGAGGAGUACCUGAAGGUAGAAGACAAAGAUUAAACCCUCUUGUUAAAGAAAAAAUAAAAAAUUUCAUCUUGAAACAUGAAGUCUUAAAAAAUUGCUGCGGAAAACUCAAUGCAAGUCAAUGCAGAGGGAUUUUCAUGUAAAACAUAAAAUAUAUUGAAGAAUUAAUAGAAAAGCAUAAUCUCAACAAAUAACAAGAAAUUAUCCUUUAAAAAGAACAUAUAAAAUUCUAAGAGUUGUGGAAUGAUAUUGAUAUUAGCUAGAUUUAAUUCUAAACUCAAUAAUAUCUCAAUGCAUUUUGCACUGUCUUUUUUAACGUUCAACCAUUUAUUGUUAAAAAAGAAGAAGAACAAGAAAUAGAAGAAUAGAAACAAGAAACGAUUUCUAUUGAUGUCAAAUCCUUUAACUUCUACAAAGACCUUAUUAAAAGUAACAAACCCUUAGAAAUCACAAAGGAAUAAAAGUAGAAAAACUAUAAUAACAGUCUUAGCAGCUCACCUUCACACUCUAGCAGCAAAUUCUAAAUCGAUUCUUUUGCAGAAAAUAAAUAAAAUGAAAAUUAAAUUAAAUAAUGUAAUCAGCUUUAAUCUAAUAAAGAAUAAGCUAAUUUCUCCUCAUCAACCUCCAAUUCUCCUUCAGAACAGUCUUACUUAAUUAAAAUCCAUAGUUCUUUGAACUUAGAACAAGAUUAAUAUAUGCGCAACUUCUUCAACAACUACUUACUUAAACCCAAUCAAAAGAACUGA